GCUUGCUAUAACAAGACUUGAAUCAACUCUUAAGCACCAAGUUGUCAAAAUUGAACCAACAGAGAAAGCUGAAGAGCUUACUACUGAGCUUUAGUAGAUCCAUUAAUUCAUUUUUGUAUGGACGGGAACAAUAGUCUAUACGAUCUUUAUUUAGCUGCAGGGAAGGGUUUUGUAGUCACUUCUAGCUCCUUUGAUACCAAUCCUGUGUACCUUAGACCACCCGUAGGACCCUCGACAAUAAAUCCACCACUCUUAUACCACAACGAGGAGUCCGUGGAUUUCUCUGAUCUGGUAGAAGCUUGUGAGAAGAACAUUACACCUCCAGCCCCAAUAAGUGGGUCUGAUUGCUCCUCUGCCUGCUGCUUUUUUGAAGAAAAGCCAUUUCCCUUUGAUAAGAUUCUCCCUAUGUCAAGUCCUAUGUACAACGAAGAGGCCUCUCCUUAUUGUGUGCCCCCUCCUCCUCCUCCCCACCCUCCUUCCACUUCUCAUGAUUUUGUUCCUCACGAGAACCCGUCACUUCCGCUAGACGGAAUCCUUACGUCGACUCCUCACUUCUCUCUCCCUCAUCCAACGCCCAACGUACCCGCAGCCACUUCCGUAGCCUCCACUACCAGUCGACAGCAACCCAGACAGUCUCGCUUGACUACCAAGCAAGCUAAAAAAAUUUACAACAAGAACAGCGAGGAGUACAGGGACAAGAGAGAGAGAAAUAAUGUCGCCGUUAGAAAGAGUAGGAACAAGAUGAAAAUGAGAGCACAGGAGACCGAGAGAAGAGUUCACGAGUUAGAGGAGGAGAACACAGCAUUACAGAACCAGGUAUCUCUACUACUUAAGGAACUUAAAGUACUGAAAGGGCUACUGUCAUCGGCAGACGGUAUCCAACAACCACAAGUAACUAGUAAUAUUGAUCCAGUCACUUCACGAUGCUCUUGAAUAGAAUUAAUUAAUGAGAUUUAUAUAAACAUUGUUAAAAUGAUUGUUCUCGGAUAAUGUUUUUUUGGGAUGAUUUAAUUCGUUGCACAUUUACACCAUUGAUUACUUAUUAUUAUUAUGAUUAUUAUUACUAUCAUCAUUAUUAAAUUUUGUGCUGAUUCUAUUUGAUUCUAUUCAUUCUACCCUCA